CUAUGCCCCAGAACACUUGGCAAGUAUACAUAUAAACAAGGGGUUCAAUCGAAAACCCUCUUCUUCUUCAUCACUGUACAUCCAUCUUGCUUUGCUUCUAGGGCUGCUUCUUUCAUUUGCCCUUGUCAUUCUUUUCCCUUCGAGGCUCUUCAUCACUCGUUUUGCGAAUCCUCGCGCCAGUCGUUUUCAUUACGCAAACCACAUACACUUUCUCUUCGUUCCCAAGGCUCAGUCAAGAUGCAGUUCAGAGUCUUUUUGCUUUUUCUUCUCACGUCGCUGGUAGCGGCUUCCCCGCUGUGGGAGCGUUCUCCUAAGAAGGGGAAGGGGAAGACUACUACUAAAGCCAACACCACCAAGGCUGAUAAGACCACCACUAUCAAGACUACUAGUGCGGCGCCGACGACGACUUCAAAGGCUGUUGAGACUACUUCUUCGUCGUCAAAGGUCGUCACAUCUUCUUCUUCGAGCAGCAGCAGCAAGAUCAGCAGCAGCACUGUUGUAUCAAUCACAUCUUCUUCAUCCUCGGCUUCGUCCUCUAAGCCUUCGUCCUCCUCAUCCUCCUCGUCAUCAGCUUCUUCCUCUAAGUCUUCAUCUGCUUCAUCGUCUUCCUCGACGGUGUCGUCUUCGUCUGCCAUCUCUUCGUCCUCCGCUUCGUCCUCCGCUUCGUCUGCUGUCGUUACGGGCAGCGCCAGCAGCUCAGCCACCAAAUCUGGAUCUUCGUCCUCUUCUGGAAUCACCUCCGCUGCUUCCUCCUCGAACACUGCUUCCUCUUCCGGUAGCAUCACCUCCAGCAGCUCUAUCUCCGGCUCUUCUUCAAGCCUCUCGUCUUCUGGAUCCCGCAACUCCACAAUCUCCGCAACCUCCUCCGGCGUCAGCAGCUCGGCUUCUGCGUCUGCAUCCUCCACUAAAUUCAUCUGCGGUGUUGGCUGCGGAAAGAACGGCUGCGCUUUGAAGCCCAGUGGCACUGCCAAAACCUCCUCCAAGCCAAAGUCAACCAAGCGUGCUGAGCUUGAACGUCGCACUCUCAAGGAUGUCUCGACUUCUCAGGCAGACAAAUACGUGAUUGACACCAUCACUGACUUUGGCUCCACCAAGGGUCUCGACUACACCUUCAACAACGAUUUUGCUGUCUCCAGGCAUGGCUCUUUUGCUAACAAGCCCUUCCCUGACUUUGUUACUGGAUUGGAGGGAUGCACUGGUGUCGCUGUUGUCUCCGAGAAGGGUUACUGGAUCAGUCAUUUCAUGGAAAUCGCUUACCAGCCAGAAGAAAAGGCCAAGUACGAGAACCUCCAAAAAGCAGUCAAGAACGGAAACACCAAGUACACGCGCCCAGAGACACUCAAUGAUCUCUUCGGAGAAGGCACAAACCCGCAGAUCUACGUCAUGCGCCCAAGGGACGGCCACACCAACGAACUGCUCUACGCCACCCAGACCCAAUUCCUCAUGGGCGAAAUCCAACAGGGUAUCCUCAAGGGAUUGACACCUAAGACUCACGAGUACAAGAAGCCAAAGGACGAGAACGAGCUCAACACUUCUUUCGAGAGCACUGCCCGUGGUAAGAUGCUGAUCGAGUAUGACAACAACCAAAAGGUCGGCGAUCAGACAGCAUCUCCUCAGCAAGCCAUCGCCAGGGUGUUCAUGGAGAACAAGAUCUACAAGCAGGAGUGGGCUGCCAAGGAGAACCAGCUCGAAGGCGCAAAGGACGCUGAUAAGCCCGUCGAGGCCCCUGCUCACAAGCCUACCUGCCUGACGGAUGCCGCAAACACUCUUACCGAAGCCGACGUAACUGCCGCUUUCGACUCCGUUUUCAAGAAGGCUCUUGAUAUCUCUUCGCCCAUCUCGCAGACCGGAAAGAGCGGAGAGGUGUCUGUGCAGUUCAACAUCAAGAAGUCGGCGGACCAGACGGGCUGCACCGCCUCGGCUGGUAAAGCCAUCAUGCGCACUCAAGCGAAAAGGAUCAUGUUGGAGGUGUCGAGGCAGUGCCCCAAGGCUGGAAGCUCGACUGAGUUCAUGGGUGUGAAGCCUGAUGUGCACAGCACCCCGCUGGGCUGUCUCGAUGUGGAGAUUUUCAGGGUGUAG